AUGGAGCUGCGGGGGUGCACACGAGACACCUUGGUCACCCCCAAGCUGGAGGGACAUGCUGCCACUUCGGAGCCAUCUGAGUAUUUCUCUACCUCUGAGUGCUCUCAGCCUCUCAGUGUCUCCCCUUUCUCUGCAGACCCCUACAAAGAGCGUGUUCAGUACACACCUACGGGGAUUCGUUUCACUUCGGUGACUCGGAAGGACACGGGGAAGUAUGCCUGCGAGGUCCUCUGGACUGGAAGCGGGGGCACUAGCCAACUAACAAAGUCAGAAGUUGACCUCAUCGUCCAAGUGCCACCCUCCAAGCCCGUUGCCAAGGUGCCCACCUCGGUGACAAUCGGGAACAAAGCUGUGCUGAGAUGCACGGAAACAGAUGGCUCUCCACCCCCUACCUUCCAAUGGUACAGGGACAACAUCCUGAUGCCCUCCAAUCCCAAGACCAGUGAGAAAUUCAGGAACUCCUCCUACACGAUCGAUACCAAGACAGGAGUGCUGACAAUUGAGCCCGUAACCAGCUUCGACACGGGGGAUUAUUUUUGCGAGGCUCAGAACAACGUUGGGACUGCUCAGAAAUCUGAAGUCAUUCACUUGGAAGCCACUGAAGUCAAUGUGGGCGGUAUUGUGGCAGCUGUGGUCGUGCUGCUAAUCGUGCUGGCACUGGUUGCCUUCGGUAUCUGGUUCGCCUACCGUCGUGGCUUUUUCAGCAAGAGAAGAGACAGCACCAAUAAGCAAGUUAUCUACAGCCAGCCGUCCAACCGGAGUGACGGAGAAUUCAAACAGACCUCGUCCUUCCUGGUGUGACAUUGGCCCUGGAUUGGCUCCCCCUCUCCUGCUGACGUCCUGCCCCUUGCCUUAUGAACUGCUGUAAAUGUUCUGUGUGAAUUACUGUAACUCACUGCGAUUUUAACUAUUUUUUUUUUUAAAGUUUCACCUAGUGCCUUCUUAGUCAUGUUCUAGACUCUCCUUGUCCCAUAGAGUCAUGGGGCUGGAGUCUUGCCCACUGCACUACAGGUGACUUUGCAUAAGCCAAUCUUAUUUUCCUAAGAGCGACAGACGACAGACCCAGCUGCUGA